UCCCAGAAACCUGCUGACCAAACCAAAGUGAAAGUAACUAAACAGUGCUGUAUAUAAACGAUCCUGAUCUCCCUCCUCGGGACACUCACUCCAUUAACAGAUUCCUGAAGACAUCCCAGGAGAGACAGCAAGAACUUUGUAGUCGAAAUGGCAGCAAGCGAUAGCAAACACUGGGUUCUCCUGGCAGCAGGUUCUAAAGGUUGGGAAGACUACAGGCAUCAGGCCGAUGUGUGUCACGCUUACCAAGUCAUGCACCGGAAUGGGAUUCCAGACAAACAGAUUGUGGUGAUGAUGUAUGACGACAUCGCUAAUAAUGAACAAAACCCUGAAAAGGGUAAAAUCAUUAGGAUACCAAAUGGACGAAAUGUUUACAAUUAUCGCAGAGUUAUGGUUCCAAAGGACUACACUGGAGAGAAUGUUUCAGCUGAAAACUUUCUUGCUGUACUGCGUGGAGAUUCAUCUGCAGGAGCAAAAGUCAUACAAAGUGGUAAAAAUGAUACUGUGUUCGUCUACUUAUCAGACCAUGGAGGUCCUGGUAUCUUUGGAUUUCCAAGUUCCACACUUUAUGCACAUGACCUCAUUGAAACAGUGACAGCAAUGUCACAGGCAGGCAAAUUUUCAAAGAUGGUGAUUUAUAUAGAAUCGUGUUGUUCUGGAUCAAUGGUGGAGAAGCUGAAUGAGCUGAACAUCAGCAACGUGUAUGCAGUUUCUUCAUGCAAGCCUGAUGAAAACAGCUAUGGUCUUUAUAUGGACAAAAAAUUAAACGCUUGUCUUUCUGAUGUCUUCACUCAUUGCUGGCUACAACACACUAAGACCGUAAGACUUAACACAACUACAUUUGGAGAUCAGUUUUCCUACCUGAAAGAAAAAGUCAGUGAGGCUGCGAGACGUGCUGGAGUGUCUCAGACGCCUUGUAACUACGGUGACAUGAACAUAGCUAAUGUAAUGUUGAGUGAACUCCUUGGUGAAUCACCUGCCCCUGUCACGAGAGCUGGAUCAGUCCCACCUACUGACUUCACAGUGUCUGACGUGAUAGACACUACAGAAAUUCCACUGCUAAUAAAGGCAAACAGGAUUGCAAAUGAAAAGGACCCUAAAACAAGAGAGAUCCUGGAAAGCCAAUAUGAUGAUCUUGUACGAAAGAGGAAGACUAUGGAUGAAGCACUGAAGAAGAUUGAAAUGCGACUGAAAGGCCAACAAACUCUGGCGGAAAAACAUGAGGUGACUCGUACGUACCUGCUCAAAGACGUGGCUGAACAUUUUAAGAACAAUCUCUUCAACUGGGAAAAGGAGCCAGAUGUUGUCACUCAUCUACAUUUCCAGGUUCUGGUGAAUCUGUGUGAGUCUGGGCUGAAGGUUGAGAGCAUCAACAAAGCCAUUACUCAUGUCGCGAAUUCUCCUUCAUUGCGCUCAAACCACUUCCCAGCAGUCACUGGAGCACAGGGCGUCCUCGAGAUAAUUGAUAACUUCGACAGAAAAGGAAACGCAUAUGCUGAUGGUCUGUAUGCAGAAAAGAAGACGUACGCUAGUGCUUCUGAAAAUAAACCUGGGAAGCGCAUUCGUAAAUCUGGAGCCAAAUAUCAGGCUGGUGUAGGACGAGUUGGAGCAGCGUGGAGCGUAUUUGCUGUCGAAGCUAACUGUCCAAAUGUUUCUGCUGAGGCUAUGGCUAAUGUCCUGGAAGGAAGAGCCAUGGCUGCAGCGGAGCUUGUAAGUGUAUCAGCUGUAGCUGGUCCAGUACAAUUAAAGCUGGGCCUUGGGCUUGAUACUGGUGUGAGUCUUGGCCCAGCUAAAUUUGAAUUAAAGAUUCUAGGGACUGGAGUGUCAUUUGGCAGCACAAUGGGAAUUUCACUUUUUGGAAGUGAGUUUAAACUAAAACUAUUUUGAAGUUAAACUGGAUUAAUUUACACAAGACACAAAUGACUUAUAAACAGGUUGUACUUCUUAGUCCUUGUGUGAGGAACCAGUUCACUUCAUUCUACACUUGUGAUGGGAUGUUCGUUUCUUUUCCCCUGAACCGGUUCUUUUAACCGGACAGUUCGAUUUAAUGAACCAGUUCAAAAAUCCAGUUCACCAGUUCUUUUCCGUCCUGACAUAAUGACGUCAUUCACAAUGACGUAAUGACGUAAAUUCCAUCAUCCCGUUCACUAAAAAGAACCGGUUCAAAAGAACGAUUCAUUCACGAACUGCCGGCAGAUAUUAAUAUAAUCAUUUUAACACAUUCGAAAAGUUCUUUGUAAUCAUAACUUUAGUUGAAUACGUUUCUUACAUUUAUGUAUUGCAACUAAAACAUCAAGUACAGGCAUUGAUGUGUAAACGUGGAUUUUUUACGUGUCUUAAAGAUAUAAAGUUAAUAAACUAAUUGUAAACUUACAAAAAGCGGCAUAUAAAAAUACAGACUAACCUGCACAACAGUCAAUAGU